AAAAAAGGUCUGAGCUUUGAGGAGAAAAGAGCUCGCAUGAUGGAGAUCUUUUUUGAAACAAAAGACGUGUUCCAGUUGAAGGAUAUAGAGAAGAUUGCUCCAAAAGAAAAAGGGAUUACCUCGAUGUCAGUGAAAGAGAUUCUGCAGAGCUUAGUUGACGAUGGCAUGGUGGACACUGAUAGAAUUGGAACUUCCAAUUAUUUCUGGGCUUUUCCAAGUAAAGCUCUUCAUGCCAGGAAGCGUAAAUUGGAAGAAUUGGAGUCUCAGUUUGCUGAAAGCAGUCAGAAAAAAGAGGCUUUACAAAAAAGCAUCGAGAAAUCAAAAAUUGGACGUGAAGAUAGU